GUGGAGAAGACUUCACGGUAGUAGCCAGUCGCAGCGAAGAAAGACGUAAUACGGGUGGGGGGGAAAAAUAACGCGCGACCAUCAGUGUUGUCGAGUUUGGAUGCAACAGCGUUUAUUCAUGACAACAAUGAUCUCCGCCGUUAUCCGGGACGCUUUCAUUGAGUAAACGGGCGUUUUUUAAAGCUCCGGUCCGCAGCUAAAGCUUUGUUUUCUUCCCCGGAGCUGAUGUUUUGUUUGUCGCAUCAUGGACGAGGGCGAUUUGGCGUCUUUAUCCCGCAUGUGUGCUCGCUACGAUCGGAGAAGGAGGAACAGGCGAUACCCAGGCUAGGCCUCAGCUAGGCCAAACACUGCGGCUUUAUUUAUACAAACUAGCUCCUGCCGUCUGACACCGAGACAGCGGUAAUCUGUGUAGCUGCUGGAGAGCGGACGCGUCUGUUUACGUGGGAAUCCGUGCGUCCUGGAAACCAGCCGCGGUUCAGUUUCACUGGGACCUCAGAACACUGUUAGCACCGCUGCUACUUCAGACGGCUAAAUAACCAGCUAGCAUAACAUUGGCGUUGGAAGGAACAGGGAUAUUCUGAACUCACACGCCGAGUGUUUACACGCUGCCUGCGUGUCUCUAAAAGGAACCUCGUUUUGGAUAUAAAUAUAAACCUAAAUCGAUAUAUUUUGGAAAUAUAUAAAGAUCACAGGCGUUAUCUGUUUGCAAAGGUCGCAGGACUUUACACCGUCUUCGUUAUAAGUGGCUAGCUGGAAUAGCUUAGCCUUUAGCCGUCCUGACUGCUCAGAUCCACUGGGUGAAUGUGGGAUAAAAUGGAGACCCCGACUAUAGUGUACGACCUGGACACGUCCGGCGGCCUUAUGGAGCAAAUCCAAACCUUGCUCGCGCCGCCGAAGUCGGAAGAAGGCGAGAAGAGGAGCCGGAAGUUGGAGAGGAGCAGCAGGAGAGCAGGACGCGCGACCAACCACGACACCUGCGACAGCUGCCGAGAAGGAGGCGACCUGCUGUGUUGUGAUCACUGUCCCGCCGCCUUCCACCUGCAGUGCUGUAACCCACCACUGAGCAGGGAAAUGCUCCCCCCUGGAGACUGGAUGUGCCAUCGCUGUACUGUUCGUAAGAAGAAACGAGAGCAGAAGAAAGAGCAAAUCAACGGCCUCAUUCAGGCCAAGCAGACCCCGUCCCCCGCUGCCGAGCUGGACCUGGGCACCCUACGUCUGGAUCCCACCGUUGCUGGCACGGGUUUACGGGCCGCCGUGGCUCAGGUGCGACUACUGGAGAGGAGGCCGAGCAGCCGCCCGGCCACGCCCACCUCCAACGCUUCCUCCACGGACACGCCCACGCCUUCAGAGCACAACGACGUGGAGGAGGACCUGUUGGAUGUGGAGGACGAGGCGCAGGGCUCCGAGCCGGAGAGCGGCCUGUCUACGCUCAAGAGGCCCUUUGACUUGCUGAUCGCCGCCGCCAUGCAGAGGAACCCCACGCAGUUCCAACUACCCAACGACCUCACCUGCACUACCGCACUUCCAGGAACCAGUAAAAAGAGGAGGAAAGAGGAGAUGACGGGGAAGAACGUGAAGCGGCCACAACACGAGCUGGACCACUACGGACUCGUCCCACUGCCAGUCAAAGUGUGCUACACAUGCAGCAGGAGCUGUAGGCUGGCUCCGCUGAUCCAGUGCGAUUAUUGCCCCCUCUUGUUCCACAUGGACUGCCUGGACCCUCCGCUCACAGCCUUGCCAACAGGCAGAUGGAUGUGUCCCAAUCAUAUUGAGCACUUGGUGCUGAACCAGCGCAACCUGACUCUAAGCAAUCGCUGCCAGCUGUUUGACCGGUUUCAGGACCGCAUAUCCCAGCAUGCCGUGAAAGUGGACUUCCUGCAGCGAAUACACCGUCAGCACCCGCCUACGCGAAGAGCACCCCAUAGUCACGGCAAGAGAACAGUGAAGGUCCCAGAUGCGAUCAAGUCCCAAUACAAGAACCCGCCUGCGAUGAUUCUGCCCGCUGGGAUCAGGGACGGUGAACUCGUCUGCUCGGGAACUUCUGAAGCCUCGGAAUCCGAACAUUUAAGCAGCGACGAAGAGCAACAACAGUGGCUCAGGGACAUGAUCUCGCUGCAGUGUAGCAUCAUGCGCCAUUUGUCUGCCAAGCAGACGUCAUCCUCGCCGUGCGACUCUUCACAAGCGGACAAGACAGACGGUAAAGACCCCGGCUCCCUGAAUUUGCAUUCUUCCAACAGCACAGACACGACAUCCUCAGGGAAAACACCGGAAUCCCUCGGCCUUAACUCUGAGGAGCACAGAGUGUGUAGCUCCUGCGCUGAAAAGCCCUGUCAGAACUGUGGAACCAGCAACGGUCCUGUAGAACGAUCAGCCCACACCAACGGCAAGCUCGGCCAGGUGUGUUCCGCUGCCCCUGGGGACUCGAACACACCCCAUUCACACACUCCCUCUAUCCUGACCUUACCUAAUCACGCCGGACAUUCGCUCAUAAAGACUGAAGAUAUCAAGUCCUGUGCUGCUACAGAAUCCCUUCCUUCUUCUUGUGUUAAAUCCGAGCCCAGCCCCCCUCACGCUCAGAGGGCUUCCUCGAGGAUGCCCUCCUCUCAUGUGCCAGAUAGUGCUGCAAGCUGCCAGGUGUCUUCAGUGCCCUCCUCUGAUGAAAAAUUCAGCAACGAUGCUGCGGCACAAGGCAAUGGGUCUGACCUGUUAAAUUUGGGAGAUCUGUCCAGCUGCUUACGGAGCACGAUGAAGGGAUUUGGAGACAUAGACCUCAACACGCUAGAUGAACGGUUUAUCAAAAUCCUGGCCUGGCAGCGGAUCCAGCAACUGUUCGAGCCGAAAGCACCUCCAGUUCAGAGCGAUGCAAAGUUACCCACUAUCCCCUCUGUCACGCAGCGAAGUCGGCACAUUAAAGCGCAAAAUAAGGACGUACAGGCCAGAGCCACGUUUUAUCCACUAUCUGGGAAGGGAGCAGCAGUCAGCAUGUGCUACAGAAGCCUUUACAUUGGAACUGGUGCCGACAUGGACGUGUGCCUUAUGAAUUACGGCCACUGCAAUUACAUAUCGGGGAAACAUGCCUGCAUAUUUUAUGAUGAGAACACAAAGCAGUACGAGCUGCUGAACUACAGCGAGCACGGGACGACGGUGGACAACGUGCUGUACUCCUGUGACUUCUCUGAGAAAACUGGGCCGAGUCCGUCCAGUGGCCUGGUGUCCAAAGUGCAGAGCAUCAUCCGCCACUGUAAAAAGAGGAAGCAGGAGGAGGAGAAGGAUGAGGUGCGUGGUGAUGUUAGCGAAGUGAUGCGCAGCCAAGCCGAGGACUCGCACCUCCACCCCUGCAGCUGCAAGGCGAGCGGCUCCAGUCUGAUAGGGGGCAGUGGUGCGGGGUGGGAGGGCACGGCUCUACUUCACCACGGCAGCCACGUCAAGCUCGGUUGCCUGCAGUUCGUCUUCAGCAUCACAGAAUUCGCGAACAAGCAACUGAAAGAUGAAGGAGCAAGCAGCAUCGUGUGCAGCCCCAUCCAGCAGGGGGAGCUGCUGACUAAACCCACUGCCCAGAUCCACCAAGUGCCAGUGCUGCACCACAACCCAGUUCCGUAGCCCCACCCACCUCAGGUGCCACCCACACCCCUAUCCAGCCUCGGAGCUCGGACUUGUACAAAAGUACACGCUCUGUUCCAUAAUUAUUUAACUGUUCAUACGUUUGCAUGAGGUGAAGUCUCUCUUUUUCUCCCCCCGUCUCUUUCAGAAGCUCCGAUAAUGUGGGAGAGUUGCACAUAGGUACUUGUGUAUGUGUAAAUGCAAAGGACACGUUUUUAAAAGGGAUCGCGUUCUUGAUACGGCACGAACCAAUGAUGGAGCGAGAAGUUUCCACUUGUAAAGAAAUCAGAGCACGUUCUAUUUUGUGCCAGUAACAAUAGUUUUUAUAUAAACACAUUUUUUCCAUAAGUAAGAACCUUUUUAUUUACUCAUUUUUAUUUAAAAUGUUCUGUAUUUGGAAGUAAAGUACUGUUCUGGUGUUCCUUUUUUCGCUACCUUCACCGUAGCCUCUGGCGAUUCAGACGUGUUCUCUCACACACGAGAAUACGCUUACACGUUGUAUAUAUGUCUAUGUUUCUGUAUCCGUGUAAACCGUGUGAACAGCAGGGCAUCCACACACACACACACACACACACACACCAACACCGGACUGAAAGGAAUCCAUUGUGUGCAGAUCCAUGAUGAGGGAAGCAUUGGUUUCUGUGUACAUAGAACUAUUCUGGCUUUUUAUAUUUGUACAGUGCUUCAUUUGGUUGUUCUGUAGCUAUAAAAAAAAGUGUUAAGUCCUUUUUUCUUCAAUACUGUAGUCAUUAUGUAUAUGUCUGUUUCAAAGAGAUUUCAUUAGAACAGUUUCAUGUACUCUGUUCUUACGAUUUUGACCAGUCUGUUAAACAAUGUAAAUAUCUAAAGAUUUUAAAUAACAUGCUUUAGAAACA